AUGAAGCUGACGGUCGCUCGAAGGGAAAAAGGUGGUUCACAUCCUUCUAGGACCAAACAUGAACAAGAAGUCGAACUCCUGUCGAAAAAAAUGGACAGAGCAAGGAUCAGCAAAAAUAAAGCAAAACCCGCGAAUUCCGGUAAUUCCGAAGGAUCACGAGUUAAAUUGAAUAGUUCCGUGAAUGGAACUGAAGAACGCGCUGAAGUUUCUAAGAAGUGUCGACUCGGGAGGCGCGACUUGGAAUCGUAUUCUCAAGGACAAGUGUCAGGUGAUCCCGAGUAUCAACGCCAGACUGCUCAUGACCAAAGCGACCUCACCCACGGUGAAAUCAUGGACUCACUUGCAGAAACCUUGAAAAGACGCGAGGAUCAAAUAACGAGGUCUAUUAACAAAGAAUUUGAAAUAAGCAGAGCCACAAUGACCAGUACUCUAUCAGCUUAUAUCGACCGAGAGGGUGAAAUUACAAAUAAACUGGCUUCAGAGUAUAAGCACAGGAUGGAUGAGCAUGCCGACGAGAAACUUGAUUGCUUAAGGAAACUUCGAUUAGGAUUCGAAAAAUAUCAGUUGACUAUGUUCACUUUACUUGAGAUUCUUGAUAAAAAUCAUUUACAAAAUUUACGUGCACGGAGAGAUUUCGAGAAAGAUAUAGAGCAUCUCAGAAGCAAUCAUAAAAUCGAAAUAUCCAGAUUACAUGAGGAAAUUGAAAAAUCCACACAGAAAUUUCACAAAAUCAUGGGAAACGCGGCAAGGGAGAUUCAUAAAAAACCGUCAAUCUCCAGACAAUUAAAGUCGAUCUUCAAAGUCUGA